UGUUUAUUUUCUGUCAACUUCUAUAUGAAUAUAAUAACCGCGUCUGACACGCCCUGAAUCACUAUAUUUAAGAAGCAUCACAGCAGGAUUUCUCAUCAAAAAUCAAAGCGAUUCAUUCUGCAAACUCACUCCAAUGGCGCAUUUUACUGGCACUACCAAUCCACCAACUGAUAUUUAUCCUCCUCCUCCUCCACCACCACCACAAGCAGUAGUUGCUAAUAGCGUUUCAAUUAUAGGCCCUCAAUUUUGUGGCCAUACUUACCCCAUUGAUCUUGCAAUUGUGAGAAAGGUUUUGACCAUAACUGAUGGAAAUUUUGUUGUGCAAGACAUCAAUGGCAACGUCCUUUUUAAAGUGAAAGGUACCUUAUUAACCGUUCAUGAUCGCCGCGUUCUACUUGACUCAACUGGAAAUCCCAUUGUCACUCUGCGGCGAAAGAUAAUGACAGCUCAUGAUAGAUGGCAAGUUUUCAGGGGAGAAAGUACAGAGCUAAGUGAUCUAAUCUUUACUGCUAAACGAUCUUCAAUGUUUCAAUUAAAGACCAAGUUAGAUGUGUUCUUAGCAAACAAUACAAAGGAGGAUGUUUGUGAUUUCAAGAUCAAAGGAAGUUGGCUUGAGCGAUCUUGUGUUAUUUAUGCUGGAGAGUCCUCCACAGUUGUUGCCCAGAUGCACAAGAAGCACACUGCUGAAAGCAUAUUGCUUGGAAAGGACAAGUUCAUGGUGACAGUAUAUCCUAACAUCGAUUACGCAUUCAUAGUCUCUCUUAUUGUGAUUCUUGAUGCAAUCAACACCGAAUCCGGUGGUGGAUCUGGGGGUGGCUCUGACAUCCUUUCUGGCGUUGAAUUCUGAUUUUCCUCUAUUCUUUUAUUUGAAGUCAAAUAUGUACUUGAGACUUGCCAUUGCUUGGCUUUCUGGGGCUUGAUUGGUCGCUUCUGAAGUUUUC